AUGCAACAUUUGUUUAAGAUGAUAGAGGAUUCUAAUCAUGUUUAUUGGAGUAGGAAAAAAGAUGAGUCAGAAUUUGUGAGAGAUAUCUUAUGGGCCCAUCCAGAAUCAAUGAAGUUGUUGAAUAUGUUUCCUAAUGUGUUGAUUAUGGACAAAAAUCGGUAUAACAUCAUUCUUGUCUCAUUGGGUUAUAAUAGUUUGACUCUCUUUCCUAUGACAACUUCACAUUCACCAAAUGUGUCCAUUUACUGCAUUGGUUUUGUAAACCAAGACCAUUGGGUUCAGAUAAACAUGAAUGAAGGAUUUCCCUUGCCACCAGUCACAUUGGAUUGGAAAAAGUAUCGCACAUUAGAUGCAACUUCUUGGAUGAUAGGAUUUGUUGGACAGUUAUAA